GGACUCUUUUCUGGCUCAUAUUCUCUUUGAAGACUGAGGCGACGGGGUUUUCGGUUUAUAUACAGAAUGCGCUUCAACUGACUGACAGAGACGAUUGGAGUCCCCAAAUAUGGGGUUGAUCACCUUAAGGACCGCUGCACUGAGUGUGCUAGGUCUAUCUUCUUUUGUGUUUAUUGCGCUGUUUGGACGUUUGCCUAUAUUCAGGAAGACACCUAUUGGCUUUCUACAUCGACUCCUAUGGAUCCACAUUCCACAUGGUCUCGCCCGUAUAGAUUCACUUCUGUUAGGAGGUCGACUCGUACCAUGCUGUAAAAGCUUUGGCAGAUACAUAGCUUAUGAGAAUCAUCCGUUGGUAUUGAUAUUCUUCGUAGGAUUACUGUCAAUAUCAGAGUUGAUGUUUGUGCCAAAAGCAUGGCCCAGACUAGGAACGUUUCACCGAGCAUUUGUUCUGAUAUCAAUUACUUUGCCAUACAUCUUCCUAUAUGCAUGCGUCACCAUCAAAUGUUUCAUUACACCUGACAACGUGAAGACGGAGUUGGCUCAAUAUCCGUACGACAGAGUCCUUUUCCAUCCCGGAAAUGAGUGCUCAACGUGUCGACUCUUGAAGCCGGCACGUAGCAAGCACUGCAGCACUUGCAAGGCCUGUGUUUCUCGGCACGACCAUCACUGUAUCUGGUUGACCAAUUGCGUGGGUCGUCAGAACUACCGCUACUUUCUUGCAUUGCUUCUAUCCCUCUCGGUAAUGCUCACUUAUGGCAUGUGUCUAGGAUACAAAUUGCUCAACGAAAGCCUGCAGAAAGCUUUUGGAACCGGGGGUGCACACUGGAGCAAUUCACUGUCUUGGACGUCAUGGAUCAACUACUGGGCUUUGGCGGUAGCUGAUGAUAUACGAAUUGGCGCUGUCUUCCUUUUGGCCGGUAUGACGGCACCCUUGGCAUUCGGUUUUUUGGUCUAUCACAUCUAUCUCGUAUGGGCAGGGACUACAACCAAUGAGACAGCUAAAUGGGACGAUUGGAAAGAGGAUAUUGCGUAUGGUCUCAUUUAUAAGGCCAAAAGAAGCGAGGUAUACAAGACACCAAAGCCGCGGGAUGAGUCGAUUGAACCGAAAACACAGUGGUCUGCAACCACUGAUCAGGUCCUCAUUAUAACGAACGGAGAACCUCCGAGGUCGAACUCGAUUCUUCAAGCGGAGGGCGAACAAACUCCUGUUGACCCAAGGUUUAAACUUGUUAGGAACCUUCAGUCUUUGGAGAAUUUGUAUGAUUUGGGCUUUUGGGAUAAUCUGCGUGAUGCAUUGAAUUUAAACAUUUAG